AGGCUACCACAGGUCAGUCGUCUCUUUUCCCUUUUGUUCAGUAAUUUUGUAGCUCCUGUUGUCGUUUGCUCGAGUGGUCCCCAAUAACGAAGGACAUCUAUCCAUCCAAAGUUAUAUUUAUUCCGCCUCUUUUCUCGUUCUCGCUCCCGAGGAUGAAAAAUAGUUAUUGUCAUCAUUCAUAGUCGAUCUUUCAACAUCGCUAAGAAAUUCGAAAUUCGGUUGAGCAUGUGACCUGAUAAUACGACUCGGACUUUCUCGUGUACAGUAGAAAUGUUUUUCAAUCUUGCAAGAUGCUCUAACGACCUUGAUCGAAAAUUGUAGCUUGCUUGUGUUUUAAUUGAGACUUUCGAUCGCAACGAACACGCAUUGUGAUAGAUAAAGAAGUCUUGCAGGUAUUAAGGUUAGUAAGUCGCUGAUUUCGUGGAAAUUCCGAACAGACACGGAGUAUCGUACCUGCUAUCCAAAGGACCUGUACUUGUAACACGUUUCAUACAUGUUGCAUCGUGUAAGAGUCGUCCAGUCUAAUUUUUCGAAGAAGUUUCGUUGUAUCUAUCAGUUUUGGAUCGUUUUUAACAAGCUUAAAUUAUCUACUUAUGGUUUCUCCUGAUUCGUGAUUCUUUAUGAUAUAGAUAUUAAAUAUGCUGUCUGAUGACCACCUCUUUAGGAAUUACUAUGCUCAAGAAGUGGUUUAAAACUUAAUAACCUAAAACUACUUAGUGACUCCCUCUAUCCGAGGCAAAGUGCGCAUUGACUGUGAGGGAAACAUGAAGGCAUGCAACAUGAGAGAGUGAGUUUCUGUUUGUGUCUCUCACAUGUGUCAGUUUUCCAGUAGGAUGUGUUGGGCUGCCUCCUGUUGUCGAAGUCUGUGACGUCCGAGUGGAGAGUCUCGGUUUUGCGAACUGUGCUCCUCGCAGGCUUUCCGGCCGCGCACGUUUUUGGCGUGCAAAGUGCGGCUCUUUGGUAAUCUGCUUCUCACUGACCUGGCGGACAGCGAUACUGAUAGCACGCGCGACGUUACAACACACUGCAAUAUCCGACUUCGUGCUUGCUUCGUGCGGACUGUCAUUGCGAUUGCCUGACUAGCAUAGAUUGAUACCAUAAUAUUUACAGUUUCGGUGACCGUGUAAGACGUAAGGAGCGACACACAUUCUUGAUGGUGAUGGGGCGUAGCCAGGGGUGUCAAGCAGAAGGAACGGGACGACGACUUCUAUUUGCGGACGAUUUUCACAUUAAGGGUGCUAUCGGCAAGAAUUGAAUUCUGAGAAGGAUGAGAUCCCUUGUCGUAGUCGGUUUUUCGAACUUCAGAAAAAUUACGAAGGGAAUUCCAUAUCGAUGUUUGUGUUUGUUCACGCAAUCACCCUUGGUACUUCGCGCUCUAAUAUUUCAACCGAAGAACAAGUGGACGCACGACAAGUAGGUUUCGGAAAGUCCUCGUCGACGUCAAGAACAUCUUCUAGAAGAACUGCUAGACCUGGAUCUACGGCUGCCACCUUUCUUUCGUCUUCAUAUUUGUUCAUGUUGCCUUCCCCCACGGCCCUGGGAGAAUGGGCGGCUGCUGCGUAAGUGGUGCGAAACCAGGAGUCCAGCGGCCUUACGAAGCGAGGCCCGAUAUCGAUGACCUCCAGCACUCUUUGGCGGCAAGUUUUGGUGAACAGCUCGCUCCACAGAACAAUUUCAACGCACACCAAGAAGUAAAUCUGGAGCUACCGAGCCUAGAAAGUACUACUUUACCUUUGCUCCACGGUUAUUUGUCCAGCAUACAUACAACAUACAUGUACACUUGAAUAAAAGUACUCUUGCCUUGAUAAUUCUAUCUUGAAUGAUGGCGAUGUGAACUAUAAUUUGAUUCCGUUCUGGCUCAUCUUGAUCGAUUCCAUUUCCUUCUACGACGCCAUAAGGAAACCUUUGAGGUCCUACUUGCACCUAAGAGAUCUUCAUCUCAAAGGGCGUACUUGUUGCCCAUUCAAGGAAAAAUCUUAGUGCCAAAUAGAUUCACCUGGGCUCGAUAUCCGAUACGAUCAGGAUGAACAAGAAUACGCACAAAUCCUAUCUAUAACCUGUACCUGAAUUAGACAAGGACUUGCGUCAGCGUCACCCACUACCAUCUGAGAAAACACAAGUACUAGCCUCGUCAAUAAUGUCGCUAAAUACUCGCACAUAGUGUUGGAUUUAAUCAUCUUGGUAAUGGAAUAAAUAGUUGUACAAAGCUAAACAGUAGAUCACAGCUGUAGUGUAAGAAAGAGAUGAUCGUUAAUCCUUUUGCCCGUACCUCCAGGCUGGAUUUUGGAGACCUAUGUAUAGUACACUGGUGUUUCCUUUAUAAGAAUGCGUACGAAAGUGAAAGUUUUUCAAAAUGAAGGACGAGUACUAAUGGCUUGCAUUUUCGCCCAGAGUGUUAUUAGUUGGUUUCUUUGCCUAUUUUAUGCUAAGUAAUCUGUGUCAUGCUAGGUAGGUAGCCACUUUUGUUGACUUACGAAACUAAUGAUGUUUGUAUUGUCGCAGGUGAGGACGUUGGUGGUGGCAGCGGCGACUCGAGCGAAGAUAUGAUCCGUCAAGGGCAGACGCAAAAUGGGGGUCAGCUACCUCGUUUCGGAUCCUCUUCGUCGUCAGGCGGUGGGGCCUUUGGCGUGGCGCACACCCUCGAGCAGAACGCCGGUGGCAGCCUCUCCGUGAACCCCAGCUCACACCUAGUGCACCAGGGACAGGAUGGCUCUUCAAGGAGUUCUGGAGAUGGAGGUGGAACCACUAAGCCUUCUUCCGCCUCCUCAAGUAACUACAACUAUGGCGGUGGUAGCGAGCAGACCGCUUCGACGGCAGACGGAUCCUCAACAAGGCGAGGUAGCGGAACCAGUUCAAGCUCGAGCUCUGCCGCUGCGCGCGCGGCGAAAGAAGAGCGUAGAAAAAAAUCAACAGUGUUGGAACAAAAGCUCCGAGAACAGUACUCACAAAUCCGAGACAUACCUUUCUGGAGACCGAAGGUAUCUUUAUUAUCCUAGUUGCAAUAUGCUUUCAUCACGACCUGAAUUUAUCUUGAGAAUCUUCCGUAGUACUUACUAGAGAUUUCUCUUCCGUGGUCUAAUGAUUUUCAUUUUUUCGAAUUCUGUCACUGAGGAAUUAUCUCCCUCGGGUUAGUUUUUUUGGUCUUCUUCGGUCUCAAUCAGUAUAUUUUCAGUCUCUCUCUCGCCAAUGUCACCCGUAUCAUGUUGAGGUGCUGCAAACAGCGAAGGAGGGUGACAAAAAUGCUGGGAAAAAAGUCAUAGGCCUCACUCUGAGCAAGAGGCAGCUGAAUAAAUUCUACAAGUGGCAACCCGUAUGCGGGAAUCGCGUUCAAGAUGACCAGGAGAAGCGGUCAAACUCGUCUGACGGUGACGGCACUACUGCGGACAAGGAUCGAGAUCCCAAGCAAAUGCAGCUGGAGACCAACGUAAAUGGCGGAGCUGAGCGGCCUGAGGUCGAGAGUACGGAUCGGAGCAAGCGAUUCUCGAUACUAAAAGCGUCCUCCAGCCGGAAACCGCUAAAACCAGAACAUCAAACGGAUAAAUUCGGGUUUUUGUUGCGGAAAGCGUUAUCGAGUCGGAGAGUGAAGCAAGGCGCGGUCGGUGACUGCAGUUUUCUCGCAAUUUUGAACUGCCUCGUUGAUUUCGACGCCGAGUUUAAUCACAACUACGAAAAUUCCCCAACCAACCGGAAAGGCGGCUCCUCCAAUGCCUUUCUCCGGUCCCUUUUCGUCGCCUUCAUCCCCGAAAAGAAUGUCAUCCUCAUCAAACUCUACGUAGACUGCGAGUACCGGCUAGUGCCGGUCACGCCCACAGUCCCAAUAUCACGCGAGGGAAAGAUCCUGUGUGCUCACAGCACGACAGCGACAGAGGUGUGGAUUUGUUUGCUCGAAAAAGCCUACGUCACCAUCUCCGGCGGAAACUACGACUUUUUCGGAAAGGGUAUUUUUUCGUCUCCUUUUCGAGUUGAAGAUUGAUGAUACUAGAAUGAUCCGGCACCAGCAGUUCCCCAGUGAAACCUUCGUGGCUGAGAAAUAAUGGUAGAUAUGCACGGAAAGUGAAAGUUGUUGAUGACGAUCAUUACGAAAUUGAUUAUCGUUGGAAUUUUUUACAACAACAACACUGCAGGUUCCAACCCAAAUACGGAUGGGUAUCACCUAACGGGAUGGGUUCCAGAGACACUGCCCAUCAAUUUUCUGAUGCAGCAAAUACAGAUCGGGCAAUACGACAGCGAAGCCCUACGAAUUUGGGACGCAAUGCACGAAGGGUUAAACACUGGCCGGUGCGUCGUGUGUCUUGGAACAGGAAGAAUAAAGGUACUCUUCCUUGGAUUAAUUAAAUCUUCACUUUCGGAAGAUGAUUCAAGGUUGGCCCUUUAAACUAAAUGUUAGGAAACCACCAAGACUGGAUAUGCUGGAACUAUUUUUCGAUGAUUUCUUUUGUUCGUGCGUCGUCCAGCAUAUCCAGUGGCUACCACAAACACCAUAUCUUCCCUUUCUCAUGAUUGACAGGACGCUGUCGUUGAGCGAGGAUCGGAUGACCCUGAAGGCGUGUCCGUGAAAUAUGGGAUUGUGCAAAACCACGCUUACUCAGUUCUACGGUCACACUCUUUUGACCGAAAUGGCAGUCGUGUCAGACUCCUCUACCUGAAAAAUCCAUGGGGCCGCUGCCAAUGGAAAGGUAUUAAUUGGCUUCUUCUAAUUCCAUCAAGUGAAUCCUUGUGUUUUGUUUGCUCACAAUUAUCUCCUUUUAAGCAUCUUUACGACAUGACAUGAUGUUGAAGAAAAUGACUAGAUCGAUACUACAUUUGUGUCGAUCACGUACAAAAAACUUCCAGGUCGCUACGGCCCGAAAGACCCUGUCUGGGAAACGAGCCUCAGUGAAGAUUUUCGUCGAGAGGGACUCCCACCAGGACGAGAGAACGCAGACGGCGGCUAUUUCUACAUGCAGUGGAGCGACAUUCUGCACACGCAGACUUUUUCGCACAUCUACAUCUUGUGGAAUAAAGACCGACUCUUACGAAAACGCAAGUACAGCAAGCUGACGUACGAGAUCAAGUACGACGAUGCCUAUAAUUGCCUUGGCGGCAACCCUCAGUUCCUGUUGACAGCGAAGCGUGGUCGGCGAUACUAUUUCGUGGUAUCGCGAGUGAAAAACUCCACGCUUUCUAACAGCUACAUUGCCGCGCACGCGUACAAACUGCGACAGCCUCAGCGAUCCACAGUGCUCAAUGCAACGCGCAAUUCCCCAGGCAACAAGCUGCCGAGAAUAAUGAAUACCACGGCGAGGUACAACGGGGGACAACACCAGUACGAAGCUUUGAGCUCAGCGUCAGUGAGUAAGGAGACGCACGUGAGCGGAGACGAACUGAACCACCUUGGUAGCGCGACUGCAGUGCUCGACGACGCUAACAAUCACAAGCGACGGCGAACGCAGGAUGACGAAGGGCAGCACUCCAAAACAGCAGCCUCGUCGCCUGCGGACCCAGACAGAAUAGCCGAAGACAUCAGCGGUACAAAAGUUGUUCUCCUUGUUGUUCUCCCUUGGGAAUACUUGCCGUGUCUUUGUGCUAGAAUGAUACGUAGUUCGUUGUACAACUUCUAGAGGAAGAUUUAACAUCUGGAUCUGUUCGUUGUAUCCAACUAAGUAACUAUCAUAUCAUUUUCAUCUACAGAAACUGCAAGCUGCAUGUCCUACAUGGAGGGCAGUCACCGCGGAGCACGUGACGCCGUAUCACCGGGGUCACCUUCCGCGCCGUCCACUGGACGACAGCUACCUAUAGAUCGAGAGGAGUACGAGGGGGAAUCAAUAAUGAUGAAGCUGCCACCAGGUGUUGAAUCGCAAUCGCGCCAGGAGCAUUAUGCGGGCUCAUUCCCUGCUGACUUUUCCACAGGUAGUAGCUCCUGUAGCUCCUCGACCAGCUGUUCCAGUAGUGCUGGACCGUCAUCCAAUCUACAUUCUGGUGCCAGCGGGUUAGAGGGGAGUCAUCAGACGACAAGAGCGCCCGAGCUAGAUAAUCGCACAGGAGCCACUGGCUGGCGACACGAGUCUCCAGAUGACCACAGCGGGGUGUUUAGUUCUUCGUCACCAGACUCCCGAUUCAGUGGCACCUACCAAGUCGGCGGAAGUUUGCCGUCCUCCUCGAUUCCCGGGUUAAUGAAUCAGGACAACAGCAGUAGCGCUUCGACAUUUAAUCUCACAGCCGGCGGCGGGACGGAAGGGCGACACGAGGAGGACUUUGCACAACUCGAUGAACAGAUACCAGACGAGCAUAACCCAGUCGCCGACCCGAAUUUGUUGCGUAUUAACGGGAUCGCACCCGCUGCAGGUGCUGCCACUUAUCAUAGACCCGGAGACUCAGGGUUUCCCGAUGCCAUAGCCGUAGAUCCAACGCGCAUGGAAGACAAUUACCCUCCGAGGCCUCCCGGAUGGAACACAAUAGUGGAUCCCGCUGUCAGUGCCAGGUCUGAGGUCCUCAAGGACGGCGUGCACCAGAGAGCAGGGACAGAGAACUGGGGCAUGGACCAGCAACGUCUGAGAAGCCCUUCAGGUAAAGGGCUUGGUGACUCAUCUGGAGUGUCAUGGGAAGACCGGCUGUGGACGCCGUCACAUGAACACGUACUUCUUUUUUAAUGCUUUUUUCUAGCAUAUUUGUUGCAUGGUUUACAGGUAGACAAGAUCGCUGUAGCUGUACCUGAUGCUUGCCCUUUUGUUAGCCAUUAUCGGUGUUGAUCGUGAUUGAAAUCUUUUUGGUUGGCGCAAUCGCGCAUGCAAAGAUCCACAUACGUGAUUUUGGUUUCUGUAUUUGUUUGUUUUAAUUUUCCGUCGUUCCUGAUUUCUGUCUGAUCUUCUCACCAGGUGACCUAUUAUCCGGGAGUGUACACAAAUGGUGAAUGUUGCUUGAUGAAGAUACAGCACUGUGACUCGCCCGACGACGGGUUCGAUUAUGACCAGUACGUGCUUCUGUUGUCGCAACACGACUCCAACGAAAAGAUUAAAUUCUCCGUCGAAAUAUUCGUCGAAGAUGAGGACCCCUCAGAUGCAGUAAACUUCGACAUUAUCCCUGAUGUCCCGCGAGCCUUCUCACAGACACUCAAAAGAGAGGUACUAGAAGUUGUACAAGGGACUGAUUUUUUCCUGUCCUUCAUUGAGCCAUUCAAUUUUUCAGAGAAGUGAGAAUAAGUGCCAGAAUUUGACAUCUCCUGGACAACUUCGACUGCAACAUUAAAUGCAAUUUGAUUUUCUUUCCCACUUCUACAGCUUUGGCCUUUGGACUGUGGAUGCAUGAACGAUAAACAACGAUAUCUGGGUAACCCGAGCUUUUUGUUUCAAGCGGAGGGCGAUCAGAGCACGGACAUGAUGUUUGUGCUCUUGUCUUUGGGCAACAGUCUCAACAUCCGGAUCUGGGAGGAGACACCGCAAACGGCUUACUUUUUCCGCGAGCUUUUCGAAUACCAUUCGCGAGGUGGAGCCUCCGGGAGCCAACGCAAUAGCGGCAUUGGAAGCGGAAACAGCCCUGCUGGAAGCGGUUAUUCUGCCUCGCGUCAGAGCGGUAGCUCCAAGACGAAGCUGUCACCUCAGUUUUUCGACAUUCUGGCGGAAAGCUGUGUCGGCAACAGCGGUCCCUACCGUCAUUCCUGCUGCACCUAUGGCCUGAAAAACAUGAAGCCAGGCGUCAAAUACCUCUGCAUCGUCUCAACGUUUAAAGCGCUGCAGGCCAAUGAGCAGCUAGAAUAUGACCUGGAGAUCUGCUCCACAACUAACCCACAUGUUAGUAUUCGACAGUUGGCCGGCUUCUCCAAGAAGCCACGGGCCCCCAUUUUCGGCGGGAUAAUGUCAUAACCUAAGGGGACACUUUUCUGUUUGAAAGUGCUCUACUUUGAAGCGCGCAUCAUUCAUGAAUUUUUUCAACAGAGAUCAUUAAUUUCCGUGAUAAACGUCUAGUGAUUGAGACAUCGAUUGUUAAGCAAAUCAAACUACUUACGUACAAAGCUACAAAAGGAUUGAUAUGUCAGAAUUAUUCGUUCUAUUAUUGCCACAUUCACGAAGGAACAAGCAGAAGCAGAAAAAAGAGGAACCAUAAUCAUCGUAAGAACAUGUUGCGCGAGUAGUGCAAGGUCAGGGCGACGGGGAUCUGGAGUCUACUCUUGUAUCUAAAAUGAUUUGUGUUGGAUUUUGUAUCUAUCUUAGUUUUCCUCUUCUGGAACUUGGUGGUUGAUGUAAUACUUCCCAGCUUACUGUAUGGAUCAAUGUACAUCGUAAUUGGGUGCGAUGACAACCGUAAUGCAAACAUGUUGUAAAAAUCGUUUCUCUGUCUAUUAUUUCUCUUUUGGUCAGAUUGGUGGAGAAGAUAUCGCCAACACGACAUGCAACAUUAUGAACAUCAUCCUACAGUGUUAGGUCUACUAUCUAACUAUGGUAUAAUAUCUUCACUAGUGCAUGAAAAUGAAUACCAACUGAUUAUUUGUUUGAUGCAAGAAAAAAGGAAAGGGACAUGAAGUGGCGAGAACAGAACCGACAGGGCAUAUCUGCACAGAUUUUUCGUAGUGAAUCAAUGACUUUGUCUGAGAUGUGGUGUCCAUGUCUUCAUAUGUGCAUUGUGGUUUCUAAUGUGAAUGAUAAACUUACGCGUAGCAUAAGUGAUGUCAUCAAAAAACCACAGGGCUUGUGUACAAAGAUUGGAAACCAGUAAUCUUAGAUGAGAUCAUUUUGGACACCUAUUUAGGAAGAAAUGUCAUUUACUAAAUAAUCUUCAUUUUAAUCCGCCUUCUCGAGUCAGUGUAAAAUAGUAUCUCGACAUCGUGCAUAGUUAGUUCAGCCCUUGCGGCGUCGCGUACCACCUGCUUAGUGAAGCAACGCGGUGCCGAAGGUCCUGUAUUAAGAUUGUGCUUCUUCCCGCCCUCAUCGGAAUCGAUCCUCGAGCCCCACGCACCCAUCCCCAACAGCCCUAUUGCCAUGGAAUUGUCUAUCCUUGCACCAAAAUUAAUUCCAGCAUCGAAAAUUUACCAUUAACAAGCCUCGAUACGUCACACCAGCUGGCGCAUUGCCCUCGCAACCUGCAUCGCGGCUUCUAUGCUUGAUUCAUGUCUGAAUUAUAAAUGUUUGUUUAGACAGGAAUUAUCGACCAAAAUUAAAAUGAAAAUACAUUGACAUGAUGAAGACGUUUGCGAUCGUCUUCGUCAGUCCAUUGUACCCUUCUUCGCGUUCCCAUUGAUGCCUGGUACAGAUGAAUGUAUUGAAUUAUUUGUCUUGAUGAGUCAUGGGCCAUGACUCAUGGUAUACCUACUUGAGCUUUACGAUGCAUUUAUAUAUUCGCGAAUUGAUGCAAAUUCAUGCCUAUGACGGCUCAACGUCGGGCGGGUGACCUCGCCGCGACUGUCCCAUGCAUGGCAAAAGCAGUCCACAACUCCAAAGCAAAAGGCAUUGACGAAAUUCAAAUCUUAAUCUCUCUUAGGCUUUGGGCUUUAUUCAGAAGAUGUAAAGACAAUACGAAAAAAGAAGAACAAUUUAACUUUUACGAAGCCUACAUUCUACGUAUCAAACAAUCUAAGUAUCUAGAAAAAUAUUAACACCUACUAGUUAAUAGUAAAUAAAUAUGAAGAGAC